UCUUUCUUCUCCUAGUGGUCAUCAUUACAUAAAGCCCUAAAUUUAUGCUUCGAAAAAAAGAUGCAGCCAUUUUCUUGUUUAUCAAUCUUGUUUUGUCUACUUAAUUUGGUUGUAAAAGAGGCAAAUGGCUCUCUUAGACAAUUGAAACUUUACGAAUUUCAAAAAGGACUUGAAGAGAAAUUCCCUUCUUAUUCCUCUUUCAUCUAUACCUCAUCACCUUCACCAUCUCCACAAGCUUCUGUUCCCAAUUACUCAAACGCCAAAAAGAGUGAAGGAAGGAUAAUUUAUCCAAUAGGGUAUGGUGCUGAUCCAACAGGGACACAAGAUAGCAGUGAAGCUAUAAAGAAGGCUAUUGGUGAUGCUUUCAAAUUGCAAAAUGGACUUGGAUUGCUACCUGGUAUUAGUGAUUUGGGUGGUGCUAUUAUUGAUUUCCAAGGUGGUAAUUACAGAAUUAACAGUCCUAUAGUAUUUCCUCCUGGCAUUGGCAAUAUUGUGGUAUGUGUUACUUCCCUCCCUUCUUUCCUUAUUAAAAGAUGUUAG